UAUACCCAUCUUGAAUUUAGAACCAACCAUAGUGUAAUCUGCCAGUGCCCCAGUUAACAUCCGGGACCAAUUGCAUCCGACACUGUUCCUCGUCGGACAUAUAUUUGUGACACACACCACUAGUUGCUAGGAUACGGCCGGUCAAUUCUGGGGCCUGCGCUGGUUACCGGGAAGCUGCUGUGCACACAAUGCAGAGAGAGGAGGAGGAACUGUCCGUGAGCAUCGCACACAUCGUACGGAAGCUGAAAGGCACCCGGCUGCACUGCCAGCUGGAGAGGGAGGCUCGGGGAUGUCUGCUCAAUCCAGAUAUUACAUUGGAGACACUUAAGGAAGAUAUCAAAGAGUAUCUGAAGGCAUCAGGUUGGGAGAAAAAACUUCAAAAUGCGGUGUACCGGGAGCUUAGCGUGCUUCCAGCACCUUGUCACCCAGCAGCACCUGCUGAGAACAUUAAGGAGCCUCUGUCAUACAUGAGAAGGGCUCAGGCAAGCUGGGAGAAGCGAGUGCUUAAGAGCUUGAACAGCAUGUGUACAGAGCUCAACGUUCCUCUUGCACGCAAGAGGCCGUCUGACAAGCAGAAGGAAUUACUCAAUAAAUGGAAUGAAAUGGGAACUGAUGAACCAGACUUGAGUAAUUUCAGACCUGUUUAUGCACCUAAGGAUUUUCUAGAGGUGCUAAUUAACCUUCGUAAUCCUAAUUAUGAUAGUGGGGAUCAAGCAAGUUUUAGAUCUCAUCUUGGUUUGAUUCAGGUUCCAUUAAAAAUUAAAGAUAUAACAGAACUGAGAGAGUUAUUUGGAGAACUUAGUCUAAAUACAGGCCAAUUGGGGGUGGAUGACUCAACACCAGUACCUCCAGAAUUAUUUGAGAAUGAACAUUUUCGUAUUGGGAAAAAAGUUUUAGCAGAACAUGAAAGUGCAGCUGCUCAACAGUAUGUACGGCAGGGCUGUCCUACAGCGCUCCGGGCUGACUUAUGGGCGCUCAUCCUGAACAUCAAUGACCAACCUGAGGACGUCUUAUACUACGAGCAGCUUAAAUCAAAUGUAAUUCAGCAUGACCUUUUAUCCGACAGUCUGAUUUACAAGGAUGUGAAGCUGACGGCUAGCAAUGAUGAUUACUACUUUGUAUUUGAAGAUUACCUUUAUCAGGUCUUACUCUGCUUCUCCCGAGACACCUCUGUGCUGGAACACUUUGUAUACAGUAGUGCAUCGCCACCAAAGUCGUAUAUUCGAGGAAAGCUGGGCUUAGAAGAGUUUGCUGUGGUCUAUCCACCCAACGGUGUGAUACCAUUCCAUGGAUUCUCAAUGUAUGUUGCCCCCUUAUGCUUCUUGUAUCACGAGCCCUCCAAAUUGUAUCAGAUGUUCCGUGAGAUGUACGUGCGCUUUUUCUUCAGGCUCCAUUCAAUCUCUUCCCAUAUAUCGGGAAUAAUGUCACUGUGUCUGCUGUUUGAGACUCUCCUUCAGACACACCAUCCACAGCUCUUCUAUCAUCUCCGGGAGAUCGGGGCACAACCUUUGCGCAUAUCAUUUAAGUGGAUGGUUCGUGCUUUUUCUGGCUAUCUGGCUACUGACCAGCUCCUGUUAUUAUGGGACAGAAUCAUCGGCUACAACUCUUUGGAGAUUCUGGCUGUGCUGGCAGCUGCCGUGUUUGCCUUCCGAGCAAUGAACCUGAUGGAGGUGACAUCACUGGCUGCUGCUGAAGCUGUACUUGCUGAUAUUUCAACCCUAAAAGUCAUGCCGCUUCUUCAGAUUUUCCUGUUUGCGAUUGUCACUUAAUCUCUUUUACCGUCUCUAAUUCCAUGAAACCAGACAUGAGUUAUGCAACAUCUACAAUUAACCAAAAUGAGUCUCUAUUUAGAUGUUUUCUAAACGAUCAUGUUCCAUCGAUUGCAGAUGUAUAAGCAUGUGCCCCAGGAACAGGAGUAUUCACAGUGUGCUCUGCUUGCUUUGCACGUUUUGGAAUUGUGUAAAUGGCAUGAGAUGUGUACAGAACAAUAAAUACGUAAUCCAUGGUAAAA